ACUGUGAUUAGAUCAUCCGGAUCCGUUAAUAUGUGUCGGGGCCUCCUGCGAGCCUUUUUAAUCAGGAAGGGACGGCGCCGAUAUAGCGAUACGUACAUUUAAUAUAGCCAUGUGUCCACUGUACGCCCGUCAGGCCGUUUGUCCUCUGAAAAAGUUCUAGUAAUCCUAUUGUUUUAUUUUUACCUUAUCUUUCAAUUCUAAUAGAUUAACAUGUAUAUAUUUUGGCUGUUUAUAUACGUUAGGAUAUCUCUAGUUCGAACAAGAUAUUAGGGAUAGGGACCGCCGGGACAAUAUUAACAAAACCACAGACUUACAUUGCCUUACCAGACCCAGAGUAUAAGGUUUAAUAUUAUUUCAAUAUACAAACAGUUAAUAUUUUUAAGAGCUGAGAACACUGAAAAUUUCGUUUUAGAUUUAAAAACAUACACAAUGAGUUGUUUCUAUAUUUUGUAAACAGAAUUAGGCGAUAAUUAAUUUAGCCCUUGUUUAUUUUAAUUUCGAGUAUGUACAUGUAAUAUUUUGUUAACAGUAAAAAAUAUUAUUAUGGAAGGGGCAUAUAAAGAAAAAUACUCAUUUAUAGGGGAAUGGUAUGACAACCAAGCAAGCCUGGUAAGAAGAUUUAAUGUAUUUUAUUAUCCGACCGAUGAUACAAUCGAGAUGUAUGAUCUGAAGAACAGGAAGACCUUUUUAAGAAGAGUAAAAGUGAAUGGUAUAACGCUUGACAGUUUCUUUAUUGGGAGUUCUCUUUACAUAUUAGGAAGAUUGGUUAAAAUUAUUGAUUUUGCAUGUGAACAUACAAAGGAAAAACUGCACAAGGAUAUGGAAGUCACAUUUGCCCUUAUUAAACCCAUUCCAUCUAAAAUUACUGGAAAAAUUAUUACCCACUUCUAUGAACACAACCUUAAGAUAACUAAAAUGAAAAAAGCCCGUCUAACAGGGGAUGAUGUAAAUUAUCUUUAUAGGUCUCAAUUAUCAGAUCCCACAUUUCCGUUUCUUUUGGAGCAUCUAUCGGGAGACUUUGUGUAUGGCAUGGAGCUUGUUGGUAAAGAUGCUGUUGCCCUCUCCAAACAGAUAAUUGGUGAUAAAGAUCCAAUGAAAGCCAAACCAGGCACUAUAAGGGCACUUUAUGGAACUGAUCCUGUUAAGAACUGUGUUGAUGUCUCCAAUGAUGCUGAAACUGCUAUUCAGGAUGUGGAAUAUUUUUUUCCCUCACCACCAUUUCAUUUAACAAGGCUUCAAUUGACAGCCACUCUGUCAAACUGCACGCUAUGUAUUGUGAAACCACAUGCCAUACGAGAGGGUAAACUUGGUGCUGCAUUGGAAGCAAUUGACGAAGGUGGAUUUGAUAUCACAGCUUUGAACAUGUUCAUAGUUGAAAAUAUCAAUGCGGCAGAGUUCUAUGAAGUUUAUAAGGGAAUUGUUCAAGAAUAUAAGGGAAUGGUGGAAGAGCUGUCAAGUGGUCCAUGUAUAGCAAUGGAAAUUGUUGCGAAGGAUAAGCGUACUAAUACAGCUAUUGAGUUUAGAAAAUUAGUGGGACCAUCUGAUCCGGAAAUUGCAAGAUUAUUACGUCCAAACACAAUGCGAGCUAAUCUUGGGAAGACAAAGGUGCAAAAUGCUGUACACUGUAGUGACUUAGCAGAGGAUGGCUUACUUGAAGUGGAAUAUUUCUUCAAAAUUUUAAAUUUGUAAUGUUUUAUGAUUUAUAUCAAUGUUUAUUUACUGAUAUUAGGUAUAUUUUUGAAGCCGAAGGUCUAUCACGCUUUUAUAUUAUUCAAUUUUUUUUAAUAUUGCUCUUUGAAUAUUGCAUUGGCCGAUAACAUUUUUUUCAGUUGCUAUAAGCAAAUAUGUGGUAAAUACCAUAUAAAUCUUUGGUUCAAGAGAGAGAUUAUAUAGUAAAUGGAUCCAAUCUAUCUAAUCUAAUCUAAUAAAUGGUACUAAAUAAUAUUACUCUCCGUACGAUAUUUCUAGGCUGCUACACAAUUGUUAGUCAUAUAUGUAAUAGGUUAUAAAAGACUGAUUUUGAUUAGUUAUUAGAUUAUAUUUUGUGCUGUUACUGUGGGAUUAAUAAAUAAAUUAUG